AUGAGAAGGAAGAUCUUUCUUUUCGGUGAUUCCAUCACUGAAGAAUCUUUUAGUGACGGUGGUUGGGGAGCUUCUCUCGCCGAUCUUCUCCGCCGCAAGGCUGAUAUAAUGGUACGAGGUUAUAGUGGAUACAACACGAGAUGGGCAUUGAAAGUGGUGGAGAGAGUAUUUCCGGCGGCGGAAGAAAAUGGCGAAGAAUCUCCGGCGGCAGUGACUGUCUUCUUCGGAGCAAACGACGCGUGUCUGCCGGAGAGAUGCUCGGGUUUUCAACACGUGCCACUUGACGAGUACAAGCAGAAUCUUCGCUCUAUUAUUUCAUUUCUCAAGAAUCGUUGGCCACAUACGGUCAUUAUUCUCAUAACUCCCCCUCCAAUCGACGAAGAGGCUCGCCUCCAAUAUCCUUAUACCGAAAACAAGACGGGCUUUCCAGAAAGAACGAAUGAAGCAGCCGGAUCAUACGCAAAAGCAUGUUUAACCGUAGCUAAGGAAUGUCAGAUCUCAUCCAUCGAUCUUUGGUCCAAAAUGCAGCAAAUUCCAAAUUGGCAAACGGAAUGUCUAUGGGAUGGGUUACAUUUGAGUCGGGGCGGGAACAAAGUAGUGUUUGAAGAAGUAGCGAAGAAACUUAAAGAAGAAGGGAUUGGAGCUGAGGACUUAGCCGUGGAUCUUCCCCUUAUUGAACAUGUUGACCCAAAGGACCCUCUCAAAACCUUUUAUGAGUUUUGA